AAGCAGUACCGGGAAUCCUACAUCAGCGACACGCUGGACCUGGACAUGGAGCAGCUGGAGAAGCGCUCGCGCGCCAGCGGCAGCAGCGCCGGCAGCAUCCGGCACAAGCGGCUGUCCCGGCAUUCCACCACCUCCCACAGCAGCUCCCACACCUCCGGCAUCGAGGCUGACCCCAAAGCCCGGGAGAUGGGGCCCGAGGACGGCUUCUCCGGCGCCGGCGCCCACCGCAAGCUGAGGACCUGCAGCUCCAUGACCAGCCACGGCAGCUCCCACACCUCCGGCGUGGAGAGCGGCGGGAAGGACCGGCUGGAGGAGGAUUCCCAGGACGACGAAAUUGAGAUGCUGGUGGAUGACCCCCGGGAGCUGGAGCAGGCUGGGGAGAUGGAGGUGAGCCCCGACAUGUGCGUCUACAUCACCGAGGACAUGCUGCUGUCCCGCAAGUUCAACGGGCACUCGGGUAAGGUGGUGGCCGCUUCUCUUCCCAAUCCCCCGGUGCGAGUCACGCCUUUGGGAGCUGGGAUGAGGUGGUCUUUAAG